AUGCUGCUGCUACUGGUGGUGGCCGCUAGUGGCAUCGCAAAUGCCACGCCAUGGUGUGGAUCAGAGCGACCCUUGGCGCAAUUGCACCCUCGCGUAGAUGCGUCUGAGCACUUUACGCCUCGUCAUCACGCUCGUGCUCGAGCUCAAGGCGAAAAGACGACGGUGGUGCCGAUCGCAUGGCACGUCGUGUACAACAAGAAGGCCGGCAAUGUUUCUAGCGCCACGAUUAAAAAGCAGGUGCGCAAGCUCAACCAUGUGUAUAGCAAGACGCUGGGCAUCAAGUUCGAGAUUGCCAAUAUCACAAGGACGAGGAGCGAUUGGGCCCAGACGGCUUUGACGUUGAGUUAUCUCAAGGACUCGGCCAGCAGACAGAUGAGGGAAGCUCUGCAUACUGGAGGGCCUGGCACCAUCAACGUCUACUCGCUCGAUUUUCCAGAUGCGCGCGGCAUCGAACUCAAAGGAUACUCUUCCUUUCCAGAAGACAUCGCCGGCUCUCCCAAGCUAGACGGCAUCAGUUUCGAUUACAAGACGAUGCCGGGCCAAGUUCGCAACGGGACGACGUCGAUUGGAAUGACGUUGGUGCACGAGAUGGGUCAUGCGUGAGUGCGGCAAAAGCCACACAAAUCAGGAUUUUGCGCCCCCGCGUGUCGAUGCACUGAGCCGAGAUUUGCCCAACUUCCACAACAGCUUCGGUCUGCAACACACCUUUGUUGGUGGCUGCGACGGCGAAGGAGAUGGCGUGGACGAUACGCCGGCACAACAAUUUCCCACAGGCUACACCUCCGGCUGUCCUGUGGGUCAGGUGGAUAGUUGUCCCAACUUGCCCGGCAAAGACGAUGUCUCCAACAUUAUGAACUACGUACCUCAGCACUGCUACAGACCCUACGGUUUCACAAAGGGACAAAUAGCCAGGAUGAAGACGCUCUCUAGCAAAUACCGCGGAUUUACCUUUUAG